AUGCCGAAGGUAUACUUGCUAGACUAUGUUGCAGGGAACGUGCGCAGCUUAGUGAAUGCUAUUGAGAAGGUUGGGUACACAGUUCAGUGGAUAAAAUCCCCAGAGGAUAUCGAGAAAGCAGAUAGUCUCAUACUGCCUGGUGUUGGUCACUUCGGCCACUGCAUGUCGCAAUUCUCCUCCGCAGGUUAUCUCCCAGCCAUACGAAAGCACAUCGAAUCCGGUAAGCCAUUCAUGGCAAUAUGCGUUGGUCUACAAGUACUGUUCGAAGGAUCCUCUGAGGACCCGUCUGUCCCUGGACUUGGCAUCAUAAAAGGCACGCUCGAUCAAUUCGACGACACCUCGAAAUCAGUCCCCCAUAUUGGCUGGAAUAGCGCAAACACUGCAGGCAAAAGGGUGUACGGCUUAAGGCCCAGCUCGAAAUACUACUAUGUCCACUCAUACAAGGUUCCGUACCGCGAAGGAGAACUGGAGAGCCAGGGCUGGUCUGUAGCCACUGCAAGAUACGGCGACGAGGAAUUUGUGGGCGCGGUAGCCCGGGGAAACAUAUUAGCGACUCAAUUUCAUCCCGAGAAGAGUGGUGUUGCCGGGCUGAGAGUCUUAAAGGCAUUCUUAGAUGGCACAAAAGAGAGCGCGGACCACGGUCAACUGGCAGUAAAAGAAGGUCUGACGAGGAGAGUCAUUGCGUGCCUAGACGUACGAACAAAUGACCAAGGCGAUCUUGUUGUUACGAAAGGCGACCAAUAUGACGUCCGGGAAAAGGCAGAUGGAGGCGAUGUCCGGAAUCUCGGGAAGCCCGUUGAGAUGGCGAGGAAAUACUACGAACAAGGAGCAGACGAGAUCACAUUCCUCAACAUUACGAGUUUUCGGGACUGUCCAUUGGCCGACUUACCAAUGUUGGAGAUAUUAAGGCGAACAUCAGAAACCGUUUUCGUUCCCUUAACUAUAGGCGGAGGAAUUCGAGAUACUACAGAUACGGAUGGCACAAAGGUUUCCGCGCUCGAAAUUGCAAAGAUGUAUUUCAAAAGUGGAGCGGAUAAGGUAUCAAUUGGGUCAGAUGCAGUCACGGCCGCAGAAGAAUACUACCGACAAGGGAAGCAACUCUUUGGGAAUACUGCAAUUGAGCAAAUAUCAGGCGCGUAUGGGAACCAAGCCGUGGUAGUCAGCGUAGACCCAAAGAGGGUCUACAUAUCUAAGCCGACGGAAACGAAACACAACACAAUCCAAACGAAGUAUCCAGGACCGAAUGGCGAGCAAUCUUGUUGGUAUGCGUGCACAGUCAAAGGAGGACGAGAAACUAGAGAUAUGGACGUGGUGGAAUUGGCGACCGCAGUUCAGGCGAUGGGCUGUGGCGAGAUUCUGUUGAACUGCAUAGACAAGGAUGGAACUAACAGUGGGUUUGAUCUUGAAUUGAUCGACCAAGUCAAGAAUGCCGUCAGCAUACCGGUGAUAGCUUCAAGUGGAGCAGGAAACCCGGGUCAUUUCGAAGAAGUCUUCUCGAAAACGAGAACGGAUGCUGCACUUGGCGCUGGUAUGUUUCACAGGGGUGAAUAUACUGUCAAGGACGUUAAGGACUUCCUUGGCGAGAAAGGAUUAAUGGUCAGGCAGUUCGAAAGCUCAUUAUAG